AUGUUUUAUGGCGUAGAUUCGGAAGCAAGUUUAAAUCCACCAUGGGAAGCAAUGAGAAGUCACAAGUUUUGGAAUCAUACUGCCGAGUAUUUCCCGCUAAAAAUAGUUAAGACGGCCGAAUUAUCGACCAAAAAUAAUUACUUGUUUGGGUAGGUUUAGAUAUACUGUCCCGUUGACUAGCUUUUACUAUCUCUAUCAUAGCUUGCACUUGCGUACCCUAUUGUUUGAAAUACCAAGUUUACGAUGAACAUUUUUAGUUGGCAUCCGCAUGGUAUUCUCUCUGUAUCGGCUGUAGCCGCUAUGUGUACAGAUGGAGCUGGUUUCCGUGAUCUCUACCCCGGUAUAACUCGUUAUAUCACUACCCUAACGUGGCACUUCAAAUUUCCUCUAAGACGUCACCUAAUGAACAUAUUUGGUGUUAUACCGGUAUCAUUUCGCUCACUAACCAAAGUACUGUCUCGCUCAGGCGGUGGUAAUGCGGUUACGGUAAUCGUGGGCGGUGCUGACGAAGCAUUGGAGUGUCAUCCAAAAGUGUACAAGUUGUGUUUAAAUCGUAGGAAAGGGUUUUGCCGGGCUGCAUUAGUAUCCGGAGCUCAUUUGGUGCCAGUUUUUGCCUUUGGUGAAACAGACACUUAUAAACAAGUGCCAAACCCAAAAGGCAGUAUUAUUAGGGCGAUUCAGAUGAAGUUCAAGUAUGUGACAAGUGUGAGUCCGGUACUUGCUUAUGGCACGAAUAUUAUUCCAUUUGUACCUGGAGUGGUACCAUUGAGGAAGGAAAUCACCGCUGUUUGUAAGUUAUACUGCACUGUGAACGUAAAUAUCCAAACAAGUUAUACUGUACUGUGAACGUAAAUAUCCAAAAACUUGUAUAAUAGUCCUUGUUUCUGCUCUUUCGUUAUGGCGUAGCAAAGAAUAGAAUUAGUAUAUAAUCAUGUUUUUUGAGGAUUUAAAGUACUUUUACCUUAUCAAAAUGUACUGAUAAGGUUUUCGUAAAAUCAAACAAAACAAAAUUAACCGGAAAACAAGCAAUCAAAAGUACUUCUAAAAAUAUUUUUCAAAACAAACCAUUUCAAUAAAAAAAUUUCAGUUGGUGAACCAAUCCCAGUGACAAAAACCAAACACCCCUCAUGGGAUCAAAUCCACGAACUGCACAAUUUGUACAAAGAAAAGUUGGUCGAGCUGUUUGAAGCGCAUAAAGAAAAAUAUGGAAUCUCUCACGAUACUCACAUUGAUUUUUAUUAG